ACAUAGAUAAUAAUAGUGCAAAAUCUAACUUAUUAGUCGAUUCCUCAAGUACGUCAAUCAAAGUUUCAGACAACCUUCGAUCAUCCCAAAGUAUAAGAAAAAAUAUUAAAAACUUGAAAGUACUCUUGCGCAAGAAGAAAGUCAUUAUUGAAUCACAGAAAAGGAAGAUUAAGGAAUUACGCAAUAGAAAUAUGUGGGAUGAUCUGACCGAUGCAACUGACAUACAGAAGACUUUCUUCGAAAUAAUAAGAAAAAAUUUAAAGAGAAAACCAGAGGUAUUAGGAGCAGUACUGUCUGACAGUAUAUCUUCAAAGAGAGAAGAUAAUGAUGUAAAGAAAAAAAGAAAGACAGCAGAUAGUUGUAUACUCACUCAACAUAUAAACAGAAAUGACACUGUGAAAGUCAUCCACGUAAUUAAAUUAGCACCAGAAAUUAUAAUAUCAGAUUUUGAAAAAGCCGAGCGAAAGGCAUUACAAACGAUUUUUCCCAGAGCUAAAGUCAUUGGCUGCUUCUUUCAUUAUAGUCAGGCCUUAAUACAUAAUGCUAAGAAGCACAACAUCCUAAAAGGCGACAAAAAGGAAUCAGGUUGGGGCGCAUUAAAACUAUUGAUAUCUUUGGCUUUUUUGCCGGAAGAUUUAAUAGAAGGAGCCUUCGAAAUUAUUUAUAAAAUAAUAUUUAAUGAUUGCAAAUAUCUUCGAUCAUUUUUUCAUUAUUAUAGAGAGACAUGGUUAAAUAGCUUCAAACCUCGUUCAUUUUGUGUUUUUCAACAGUUACACAGAACGAACAAUAUUUCUGACAGGCACAACCGAGAAUUACGAGAAAGCCUAAAGCAACAUUCAUAAAUAGUUGAAUUUUUAGCUAAUCUAAUUGAACACCAAAAAGACAUUCGAAGUAAACUGAAACAUCCAAACUUCUGGGCGAGAUCAGAGCAUUAUAUAUUAAAACAGAGGGAAAAUGAAAUUCAAACAAUUUGGUAUAAAAUCCAAGA